AUGGGCUUGAUCGACCGCACUCGCCGCUUAGAGCCAGUAUUGGUGACUGCAGCUUCAGCCGGCUUCUUCUAUUCUGCAUUUUUGCUCCUCAAUGCAUGGGCAGACCCUAAUAUUGCUGGCAAUGACCGCCGGACUUCCUUGCAUUUUGCCGUUCUCACACAUUCGCCAAUGACUGUGCAGGUUUUGCUGGCUGGAAGGGCUGAUGUGCAUGUGAGGGAUUUGCAUGGCGAAACCGCUUUACAUUUUGCUGCCAUCAGCGAGAACGUGGCUUUCGUGAAACAGCUGAUCAUGGCAGGGGCUGACCCUUUGACUCCCAAUGAGGAAGGAGAUGUCCCGCUACUUUGGGGCCGUGAAGUGGACACUAAGGGUGCCCUUUUGGAAGGCUGUUGGCAUGACAUGUCGUAUACCAUGCUCUUUCUCUUAAACUUGCGAACCUUGUCAGCCUAUACAACUUGCAGGCCAUUGGAAAAGCUUUGCCAGUGCAUGCGCAAGCUGCUCUGUGAAUAUGUCUUGCACGAUGAAGCUGACUUCCAAGGAGGGGCCGAGUCAAACGCACCAACGGAGCGCCUUUUGCACUUGUACUUGUUUCGCAAUCCGCUCCCUGCAGAUCGGCCCCGGGUGUGGCAUCAAUUGCAAUUGUUUCAGUUAUAUGUGGAGCCUCUCCAGCCCACAUUGCAGAAAUUCCCGAGAUUGUUUUGGAUUUUGCCGGUGCCAUUUGAUGUCUCGCAAAGCAAGGAACAGUGGAAGGUGAAGCUGUUUGCUGCCUCCACGUUUUUGAAUUUGCUGCAGAAGGGCGAAGUCGUGAAGCUGGAGGGUGCCCUCAUCACCUGGUUUUGGCCAGAAAUUUUGCAGGACAUGUCCUUAUUGGACAUUCUUAGCACAAGGAACACAUCAUCCAGCGCACGUUCUAGAGCGAGGCAGCUAUCUACUGCUGUCCUCUUCUUCUCAGUGCUGGCCACACCUUUGCCGCAGACCACCCCAAAGAAAUUGAGUUCAAUGGGGACAAACAUCUGUCAUCGUUGGGUUCUUCUGCAAAGAUUUUUGCUCAGCAACAACCACCGCAAACCCAAGAGAGAGCAGCCUAGAGGAAAUCCCGUUUUGUUGCUGUCAGCAGCCCUGCGGCAGGAACUUGCACGACCCGCAAAUUUUGAGGAUAGGCAAGGUGGCGCAGAAGAUGUGAGCCAAGGUGGCACAGAAGAUGUGACCCGCCGAAUCUUGGAGAACAGGGGCGUGGCCCGUUCCCGCAAAAUGCUGAAGUUGGUGCAAUGGUCGCAUGGACUUGGAAUGGAGUUGCCGUUGCGGGGAGACAGCGUGGAUGCUAUGGUUCCCUAUCGUCACGAACAUUUUGCUCCCUGCGUAGACAUCACAACUCUGGCAUGGCUUCACCCCCAUGACAGAGACCGUCACGUUCGGUUCGAGUCUGAAGGCCACGUGUAUUACAUCCGUGGCAAGCAGACCAAUGGAUCUGUGACUGGGUUGAUCCAUGCCUUGGCACGACCAUUCGAUGCCGACGAAGUAAUUUCCAAUAUGAUGGCAGGUGACAGAUGGCCUCGCGCAGGCUAUUUGCGACCAUUCUUAGGAGAGACUGUAUUGAAGCGCGUCCGCCAAGUUGAUGCAGACCUUGUGCUUGCUCUCCUGGACUCCCCCCGCAAUGAUACAUGGAUCUCCAACCGGCUCCAGAGCCUGCGGACGAACUUUCCAGAGAUUGUCCAGAGUCUGGUAUUUGGCCCGCAUGAAAUCAAGCGCAUGUGGGAAGCCAACCGAAUUGAUGCUGCUCUUCGAGGCACCCACAUGCAUUUUUGGUUUGAAGCGCAUGUGAAUGGAUAUGUGGUGCCAAAAACAAGUCCAGAAUUCUCGAUGCUUGAAACCUUCUUACAAGACAUGCAAGGGUGGCGCGCCUUCCGCACGGAAUGGGUUAUUUUUGGUGAGGAAGAGAACAUUGCUGGGUCAAUCGAUCUCACUGCACAAAACCCAAAUGGGCAGUUGGCACUGAUUGACUGGAAGCGGACCUCCAGCCUAGCAUCGAAAUUCUCUUCGCCGUGGACGAUGCUACCGCCUUUAGAUCAUGUUCCGGACUGUGCUGGGUGGCAUUACCGGCUCCAACUGAACAUUUACAGGUAUAUUGUGGAGAAAUACUACGGCUUUGAGGUGGCUAUGAUGCUAGUGGUUUGCACCCACCCCGACCAACAAUUGCGGCCUUUCAUCGACCAUGUGCCGCGUCUCGACAAGGAGAUUGAAGUCGUGAUGAGUUUGCGGCGGGACAAAGCACAUGCUGUUGAUGUGUCUGGAGGAUCAGAUUUUGAGGAACAACUUGAGAAAGAAAUGGAUUGGCUGAAUGAGCAGGCGAAAGCCGAGGAGGCGGCUAGUAGGAGAGAUGGGAGGGGUGGGCCAGAGGGACCGGAAGAAGCACAGCAACCUGAAGGACUUGCAAGUCAAGCUCUUGAGGAUGAUGGAGCAAACCCACUGCCAGAAGUAGAUGAUGCAAAUCUGAGACAAUGCAAGAAGCGCCGCUUGCUUCCUGGAGCUGCUCAGUCCAUGCCGAAGUUUCAGAAAGAAUUUGACAGCUUGCGGGCUGCUGCAAAUACAUCUCUGCAGCAGGCGUCAAUCAAAAAGCCUGAGCAGAGCCAUUCCCUUUUGCAACAGAGCAGCUACAUGAUCAAGCAGGUGCGUGCUCGCAAGCCACAAUGGCCUGAGCAGCUUGUGCGCUUGGUGGCGUGCGCUUGCGUUUUGCCCCACAUGCGGCUCUGCGAUGCCUACCUCCGGGAACAUAUUUACUUGAUCUGGCUGAUGGAAGGUGGCCGCUACCUUCGUGUCCACAACGGACAAUGCUUUCUGUACCAUGAUUGCGGGGCUUUCCAAGUCUUUCGCGGAAGCCCGCCGGAACAAACAGUUGCCCGGAUCAAAGAGUUCAUACUUCAAGUCGAAGGGUUUUUUCGAAGCAUCCAAGGAGCAGUAGAUCGAACACAGGAGAGUAUAGUGCAAAUGGUAGAAGGCAUGGAGGCAGAUGCGAAUGGAGAUAUAAAGGUGCUACUUGACAAGUGGAUAUCUGCCGCGCUCUUCAUGAAGCAGCUUCCGCGCGGCCGCAGAGCGCCUCAAUUUGAUGAAGUUGAUGAUGCGGAACCAGAAGCGGCGGCAACUGGUGAUGCAGGAGGGUGGACCCAAUCCAUUGCUAUCGCCCUAAGCAAGUUGAGCGUAACCCUGCAAAAGGAAGUCAUGGAUGAUAAGAUAUAUGGUCUCAUGAUUGAAUGGUGUGAAGCGCCUUGCCAGAAGCAAGCUGGCUGUGCGUACAAAGAUAUAUGCGUUGUGUAUGAUUCAAAUGAAGAGAAUGUGGAAUUUGUGCAGCCAAGCCACGACAACAACCUCUACACAUUGAUCCCGCAUGCCUUAAAGCCUUCUUUGCCGGAUCCCGUCCUCCAAGCUGCGAGCUGCCGUUUGGAGAAGUUUUUCCGCGAGACCUUUUGGCGGAACUUCGAUGUCUUUUUGUGCUGUCAGGCAGCCCAAGCCAUCGCGAAAAGGGGUGAGAAUAUUGACCGAUGCUUCAUUGGUGAGAGCCCCGGUGGAGUAGGCCAAUCUUUAUACAGUUCUCACUUGAAUGCGGUUUAUGGACACAAUCACGCAUUCAUUGACCCUAAUAUUUGGUACGAUGAGCAAGAGCUCCGGAAGCAGAUUGAGCAAUUUGCAGGCUGCUUUAUCUUAACAGCGCAGGAGGCGCCUGAAACUUCACGCCGAAUGCGGGAAGACUUGUACAAAAAGACAAUGAGUGCAGAUGGCAUGGCUGGGAGGCGGCCGUACGGGUAUGUCACCCGCAUGAUUGAACUUACCGGAUGGAAGAGGAUGGAGGUCAAUCGUCUGAUGCAGUUCAAGGGUGUAUCUGAGCAUAACUUCCCAUCAAUCCUGCGGCGCAGUUUCCUUUGGCGUCCGCACGCUCGAUUUGUAUGUCCGCAAUACUUGGAAGAGCAUUACACAGAUGCGGCGCUGGAUGGGUACUUUCCAAAAGAUCCAACUUUGAAGGAGUUCCUUGUCUCAGGACCAGCAAUCGCCAGCAGCAUGCAGCUGCAGCACGCGUUUGAACAUACAUACUCACGAGCUGAAUGCAUACAUAUGAUAGAAUCAUAUUGCAAUUUGGGUGGUGAUCAGGGAUUGACAGAGGACAAAAUGCGAAUCGCUUGUGGGCUCCCACCGCGUCAGCGUGCCGAGAUCGCUGCUCCUGGGCUAGGCCCUGUGGAUGAUCAACUAAGCCAGGAUCAAGCAGAAAGUGUAAAAACAGGUUCUGAAGCAGUGGCCCGCCGCAUUGUGGAGGAAUGUCUUUCAAAGGGGUUCUUCAUGUUCACAUUGCAACAGUUCAAGACCAUGUCUCUGCCUUCGAAUGCACCCAAUUUAGACAAAGAGAGCAUGUUGACACAGCUACAAGAGCAUUUAUUGGUAAAGCAAAUAGCAAGAAAGCGCGGCAAAGGAAAGCAGAUCAUUGUUCCAUGCGUCCUGGGGCAAGGCAGUUUGCAGGAUGUCUUUGAUCUGAAAAGCUCAAACGUCAAGCUCAGACACGAUGCGUUGGUCGAAAGGAGGCGUAAGUUGGAAGCCAACGGGCAGUUGAUUGGGAAGCUCCUCGCUGCUGCUGGUGGUGAGGCUGGUGACCUGGAAGGGCAGGACAUUGAAAAUGCCUUUUUCACGUUGAUGUCACAGCUCAUCCAUAAAUUGGAUCCUGUGUUCAAGAUGCCGGAUGAUGCCGCAAAAGCAUUGAAAAGAUGCGCUGAGGCACGCAGUGAUGUGAUCAAGGAGCUAGGUUUGCCAGCUGCGGAAGGGAAGAAAGUUUUGCUUGAAGUCAUAAACGGUGGCGGUCCGCCUAGCCGUCUGUCGGAACAUGAUGUAAUUGUUGGGCUUCGGAAAGCUGCCAUCUGGAUUAAAUGGCUUGCAAUUUCAAAUUUUCCCGAUCUCUACAGCCACUGUGAUGCAGACAGAAGCAAGCCAUCGCCAGACAACUCCAUGAUAGCAUACUUGUACCAAGCUGUUGAAGAUCUAGUUUUGUCUAGCUGGGUGCAAUUCCUCAUGACGCAAGAUCUCGUGCAUUUAUCCCUUCACUUCGACGGUUGCCGAAUUCAGGGUCGAGCGCUUGACACGGCUUCAAUGUGUCAAGAGUCUUCGGAGUGGAUUGCCAAAGAGACUGGGUUUCAGGUGGUUGUGAAGCAGAAGAAGCACCUGCUUCUCGCGGAGCUGUUGGGAAGGGAUGGACGUGUUUGCGAUACUCUGUCACUUUCUUCCAGCUUCGACUACUCUGCAAAUGGCAUUCUUACAUGCCUGGCCUACAUUGCAGACCUCUGGUCACCAUUGGACGCAUGGCUACAGGCAUGUGCUGAGGAGUCAAUUGAUUAUGCCUCCCUAGUGACAUUUCGCAUGCUGAAAGCAGGCGAAAAACCCCGGCAAGAAUCUGAAGUUCUUCUGGAACUGCAGGCCGGCUUCGAUCUAUCUGGCGGUGCUGAGUUGGAGAUGUUGUGUGAGUGCGAAGGAUUGCUGGAGAAUUCUGAUGAUGAAGGCAUGGCCGGAUCACAUGUUGAUGAAUCAAUAGUGCAGGUGGGCGAAGAGUUGCUGGCGUUGCUCGCAGAAGAAAGAGGUGAAGUCCUAGAUAGCACUGAGACUGUGCAUGAAGGCAGUAUGCACUGUUGUCCGUUCUGUCCGUUCCGGCAAUUCCCUCGACCUUCUCGUGUGAUGGAGCAUGUGCAAAAGUAUCAUACAACGAAACGACAAUUCUGUUGCAGUGGCACCAAGCAAGUCAGAGUCAUUCAGGCUUUGUUUGACGAUGACCAGCUCCGCAAUAUACAGCCAAGUGCUCGCUACCUCCGCAGGAGCGCCGCCGUGUUGCGAACAUCAAUUGGGAAUGAGGAUGGAAGCAUCAAUCAUCUUGAUCGUCGAUUACGCUUGGUCUUGACGGAGAAGGGCCCCGUGUACAAAAGCUUGCAACACGUUGCUGAGAACGAAACAGUGUACCGUCGAGCCAAGAACUUGUAUUACACGCAUGGAUUUGCAGAUAUGCUUUUCCAAGAGAUGAUGGUUAGCAAUGCAAAAAUGAAGCAAGCAUCUCGACUGAAGCUUGUAGACAUGUAUCCCUUGGAUGCACUCUUUGUUGCGGCUAGCCGGUUGGCUUUGAGACUCGCAGCAAGUGGCAGCAAGCUCACGGGCCUCUUGCCUCAGCAUGUUCGACACUGGUGGCCGCUCGUGGAGGACAUCUUCUACUCCGACGCCGUGAACCAGCUGUUCGCCCAAUCUAUGGCAGAGGCGGUUCACCAUACGGAAUUUGAAUCCGUCAGUGUGGAUGCAACCCUGAAGUGUUGCCUCUCCAUUCUCGGCCAGAGUUCCUACAGAGCAGGGCCGCAGGAACGAGCCAGCGCUGCUUUCACGGGGAAAGAUUGCUUUCGCAAGGUUCUGACAGUCCGUGGGCGAACCGGCUGUGUACUGCUCAUGGCUCCAACGCCAAAUGAGGAGGCACCCGCCAUUGCCGAGCGCAUUGCUGAGUCGUUGCCUGAAGAUGGACUCCGGCAAACACGGAUUGUGUGCACGGAUGAUCCUUCUGCGCAUUUGUUGUCGACAUUGCGCAAUGUCAUGCCAAAGCUGGAGCUGCUAUGCUUGGACCCUGUCCACCUAUGCAUGACUUUUGAGUAUGGGACGUACAGAAGAAGAACAAAGGCGUCAACCAUGUUGAGAACAAUUAUGCAAAAGUUUAAUGCCGUGGACUUUAAGAACAUGUCAGCCUACAACUCCAGGCCUUUCAACGGCAUUCAGGAUGUUUCGUUCGAUCACAUCACCAAGACACGUCGAGAACAGAUUCUGAGUGGAGGAAUGGGAAAGGCCAAAGCAGAAUCUCUCCUUGACAGCCUGGAUGCUGCGAAGCCUUGGCAAUGCGAACGGGAUUGCAUUGAGGCCAUGGCAGCAUUUGUCCGAUGUUUUCCGGACGAUGUAGACAAAAUCAUUCCCGGUCCGAACCGGUCUGGACGGCAAGUGCUGUACACUGCCUGCGCGCCUGCGAGGAUGCAAUGGUAUUUCAACAACAUCCGGGCGCGCCAUAGUAUGCGGCCAGAUCGAGUUGUAUUACUUCCUGCUGGUACCACUUCCAACGAGGCACUGCAUGCUGAAGUACGAGCUUGGUUCCGAGAGACGCAGCAGAUGCAUAAGAGCACAUUGGAAAUCAAACUGCGGGUGCUUCACCUGUCCAAACUGAUGACCCACCAUGCGGGCAUGUACAGACCAACUUUGCGGCAAAUUCCGUCGGGCCUGGUGCUGGCUAGAUCUGUUGUCUCUUCUGCCUGGAAUCGACGAAAGCCCUGGAGCAAAUUUGCCGGACAGAGUGGCAAGGCUCAUUUGCCUCUCAAUGAGAGACGGCAGCAAGAAGCAUCAUUAGUCAAGGCGCAUGCUUCCAAAAAACCGGCUGCCAAUAUCAAAAGACCAGCGGCCAUGAGGCAUUGCGCAAAAAAGCCAGCCACGCACGUCCUCCCGCAGAAAGUGCGCAGGACUCCCUUUAACAGAGUAAGAGUGUCCACUUGCCGUAUCAUGGGCAAAAAAAGGCAAGGAGGUUUGAAAGCCUAG